CGCAUCAUCUCAACUGUUAUCUCCCCUCUACUCCGAAUUGCAACACUCAAUUCCUCCAAUCUUACCCACGCCACCAUGUUCGCCGCUCGUCGUCUCACUGCUGGUGUUCCCCGAGCCUUGUCGCAGAGAGCUCUCUUCCAUAGCACUGCUCCCGCUUUCGUCCAAAAGGGCGACUCCAUCCCAGAUCUUGAUGUCUUGGUUGAGAACUCCCCCGGUAACAAGGUCAACCUCGCCAAGGAGCUCAAGGGAAAGGGCGUCAUUGUUGGUGUCCCCGCGGCCUUCAGCCCUGCGUGCUCCAGCUCUCACGUCCCCGGAUACAUUAACCACCCGAAGCUGAAGGAGGCCGGCCAGAUCUUCGUCGUCUCGGUCAACGAUUCUUUUGUCAUGAAGGCGUGGGCUGAGUCUCUUGACCCCUCUGGCAAGAGCGGUGUCCGCUUCUUGGGCGACCCUGCCGGCAAGUUCUCCGAGGCGCUCGACGUCACCUUCGAUAGCACCUCCAUCUUCGGAAACCACCGCAGCAAGCGUUAUGCCCUCCUGGUUGAGGACGGCAAGGUCAAGGAGGCUUUCGUGGAGCCCGAUAACACCGGCCUCGAUGUGUCCGCGGCCGAGAAGGUCCUCGCUUAAAAAAGGACUAUAUAAUGAUUCAUACAGAAACUGCAUACUGUAUGCAUAUGUAGAACAAACCAAUC